UUCAGUUGAAAUUCGAACGUUGACCGAAAUCGUUGGAAUUUCGUUCGCCCUGAGCCAAUUGAAUCGAGGAAAAUCCAAAUCCAAAUACGUAUCGGAAUCGAAACCGAAAUCCCAAAACUUUUUUGUUUUUUUUUUGUUUUCUUACCCAAACGAUCAGCGACAAAGAGUGUACCGCGCUGCCACGCACGAUCUUCAUUCAGAUAUCAUUCCAAACUCCAGAUCUCGGUGACGUAGUCGUCCGCCGAAAACAGCUGAUAAGAUACUUAUCGCGCGCCCCUCUCCCUCCACCCAUUUGGCACUCCCACCGGGCGAAAGAGCUUUAUCAGCAGCAGCAGCAGCAGCAGCGACGCGGCGCACCGUUUGUGGCCUUGUAAUCCGCGGCACCGCCAAGAUGCCACAGCCAAAGCAACAACAACAACCACAGCAGCAGCAGCAAAAGCAAGAACAGCAGCUGCAAAAGCAGAAUCCGCUGCAAAAGCAGAAUCCGUUGCAGAAACAUUCCAGCUCCAGUCCGAGUUCCAGUCCGAUCUCCAGCCCGAGCUUCACUUCCAGUCCCGGCAUCAACUCUUCCACGAUCGCAAAGCGGGAACGCGAACGGGAAAGGGAACGGGAACGCACGCAGACGAUCGGCGAAACGGACAUGGAUCAGUCGGUGCUCAACGGACUGGCGCUGGGCGGAGAUGCGCUCGGCAAUUACCACGGACACAAGCGCGAACUGGGUCACAGAGUGUUUGUGAACAGAUCGUUGCAUUUGGAGAACAUCAAGUACUAUGGCUUUGACAUGGACUACACCCUGGCAGAGUACAAGUCACCGCAGUACGAGCAACUGGGCUUUAAUCUGGUCAAGGAGCGACUGGUUUCCAUGGGUUACCCCAAGGAGAUCCUGCAGUUCGAAUACGAUCCCACUUUUCCGGUUCGCGGCCUGUGGUUCGACACGCUCUACGGCAAUCUGCUGAAAGUGGAUGCCUACGGCAACAUUCUGGUGUGCGUUCAUGGCUUUGAGUUUAUCAAGCAUCACCAGGUGUACGAACUGUAUCCCAACAAGUUCUUGAAACUGGACGAGUCGCGUGUGUAUGUCCUGAACACGCUCUUCAAUCUGCCGGAAACCUAUCUUCUGGCCUGUCUCACCGACUUCUUUACCAACAGCAGCGAAUUUGUGCGCGUUGAGCGCGGCAUCAAAGCUGGCGAUUUCCUUUUCACCUACAAGUCGAUUUUCCAGGACGUGCGUCGCGCCGUCGACUGGGUGCAUUCCGAUGGCGAUCUGAAGCGUCGCACCACGCAGAACAUGGCACACUAUGUGAAGAAGGAUGAGCGUUUGCCCACGGUUUUGUCGCGCAUUCGCGAAUCGGGCGCCAAAUUGUUCAUGCUGACGAACAGCGACUACACGUACACCAACGAGAUCAUGACCUACCUGUUCGACUUCCCACAUGGCGCCACGCCGGAGGAGCCGCACCGCGACUGGAAGUCCUACUUCGAUGUGAUCGUGGUGGAUGCCCGCAAGCCGCUCUUCUUCGACGAGGGCACCGUUCUGCGACAGGUGGACACCAAGACGGGCGGCCUGAAGAUCGGCACCCACAUUGGACCGUUGCAGCCGGGCCAGGUGUAUUCGGGCGGCUCCUGUGAGCUCUUCACCAAGUUCAUCAAUGCCAAGGGCAAGGAUGUGCUGUACGUGGGCGAUCACAUCUUUGGCGACAUUCUCAAAUCGAAGAAGAUACGCGGGUGGCGCACAUUCUUGAUUGUGCCCGAAUUGGUGCGGGAGUUGCAUGUGUGGACGGAUGAGUGUCAGCUUUUUGCGGAGCUCCAGAAUCUGGACAUCAAGCUGGGCGAUCUCUACAGGGAUCUCGAUUCGAGUGCCAAGGUCAAGCCGGACAUUUCGCAGCUGCGCACCUGCAUCCGCGAUGUGACGCACAAGAUGGACAUGUCCUACGGCAUGAUGGGCUCGCUCUUCCGCUCCGGAUCGCGCCAGACCUUCUUCUCCAGCCAGGUGGUGCGGUAUGCCGAUGUCUACGCGGCCACCCUGCUCAACCUCAUCUACUACCCCUUCUCGUACAUGUUCCGCGCUCCGGCCAUGCUCCUGCCCCACGAGUCGACGGUGGCCCACGACCAGGCCCACCAGCCUCCGCCUCCGCUGGCACCUGGUCCUGCUCCUUCGGCGGUCACUGGAUCCACCUCGGCGGCAGCAUCUUCCCCGGACGAGCCGGCGCGCAUUGUGGCCGGCACCGAGCAGGCCAAGGACACCAAGGAUUUGCAUCGCGCCAGCUCCAUUGUGCACACUCGUCCCUCCACGCCCACCGUGGUGACCCACACCCAUGACGAGGACUACUCCGAGGAGGAGGAGACGCCCAGUGGUGCCGAAUCUUCGACGGAGCAGCCGCUGCGCGAUGUGUCGGAAGAUUAGGAACCGCGACCCAAAACCCCAGCAGGAAUGUUUGCAUCAACGAAUUUUCUUCUCAAACUUCCCAGAUGUCCCAAAAAGAAACACAGAAACCCAUCCGUGGUCGAAGCAAUUGUGAAACGUACGAUUUUCCCUGGCGAUUUUACCCAAAACACAGAUAUGUGAAAUUAUAUAUAUACCAUAUAUGAUAUAUACAUUAUACAUUAUACAUUAGCUGGUUCCAUACAUAUAAUGUGUAUUUUUUUUUUUAAUUAAAACUAUAAAUUGCUGUAAUUGAAAGAAAACAAA